GCGGGCGGGGAGGUGAGGGAGGCGGGGAGCGAGGGAGGGAGGGAGCCGAGAGGCGCUUUGUUACGGGGAGCCAGCGGGGCCGCAGGGUGGGGUUGUCCCCGCCGCCGGCGCUGGUCCCCGCGGGCGCUGGGUGACAGCGGCCGCCCGCCCGCCGAGCCCCCCCCGCCGCCGCCGCUGAUGCGCCCGCACCGCGCCGCAGCCCCCGCGCCCGCCCGACGGGGAGCGGCCGCCUUUGUGGAGCCGGGACCUGCUCUGCUUUCUCCUUCAAGCAGAAGAGGAGCUAGCGAGGAGAUUGCAAACCCCCCCCAAGCUCGAGUUAAUGUUUGAGAAGUUCGGGUGCGGGAGAGUCUGCUAUUCUUCCAGCAGAUCACAUCACAUGCCUUAUAGUCUUUAAAAGAAGAAUGCUGCACAACAUUUCACAGUAGAGAUGAGGAACUGAGAGAUACUUCUCUUAUCUUGAAGCUAUAGAGGUUUGUGUGAGAGGACAAAUACUUAGGACACUGCUUUGUUUUAAGGUUGUGAAUUGAGUCAUGCCAGGAGAAGAUAUUUAGGAUAAAAUGCUUUCUUACUGCUUGUGUCUUGGAGCCUAGGCACCUGUAAGAGUGGGAGAAGCUUUCCAGUCUUUGUUUCUUAGAAUUUACUCACCAACUGUCCUCAUGUGCCCACACAAAUCAAUCCAGUUUACGGGAUGAGCUAUGCACAGUAAACUGCUUUGAUUUCAGCACAGAUUCCUGCUAAAUUAUAUCCCAGGCAUAUGUCCUGCAAGGACUGUUUAGCCUCAAAAUGGAAAUUCUGGGCUUGUGAGUCCUUUCUCAUAUUCUGCAGAGGAGCCAGUGGGCUGCAAGAAGGUGAAUAAUAUGCAUAAAGAAAAAAGAGGUGAAUAUAAAUACAUGGUGGUGUUCUGAUUCAACUUCCCUGUAUUGUAACUUCUCCUGCCAUCUCAGGAUGGCACCUUUCUUGACACCUUGGGCUUUAAUACAUUGAAGAAAGUAGGUUAAGCAUGUAAGAGCUUGAGAAGAGUCUUCCAAAACUCUUUUCUUCUGUGUAUUAAACUGCCCACACAAGUUCUUGAGUUCCUUUAUGCAUCCUAGAUCAUAAUCCUGGCUUCUUCACAGGAAGGACACAAAUACAAUGUGUAUGUUUAGGAAACAAAUACUAGGAAUGUUAUUAGUGCAAGGAAAGACCAAUAUAUUCUUCUCAGAGUAGGACUUAUAUUUCCAUUCUUUAAUGUUUAGUAUUUGAGCUUAACUUACAACUGGGGAUCUCAGAAGCUACAACAGUAAAAAUAACAGAAGUAAAUGAUAGUGUGGUAUGAAAGUGAUACUUAAAUUUGCUCCAUCUAUGAAAGAUGAGCUUUUAUUCUAGUUCAUAAUUUGUUAAUAUAUGAUAAGUCAUAUUUAUAAAUGUUUUAGAUAUUUACUGACAUCAGCUGCUCUUGGCCAGUCUGUAGAGCUAGAUAUGUAGCAUCUGGAAUCCAGAAGUCCUAGUAAUGUUUAACUUUUUGAAUGUAGUCUCCAAACUUCUGAAAAUCCAGAAGUUUAUUUAUUUUCUAAAUAAAGGGAUUUUCUAAAAAUAAACAUGUAAUGAUUUUUUUUUUGUCUGAGAUUCUCUCACCUUUUCAAAACUAGAAGUAAGAUUUACAUGUAUCAGUAGAAGGUAGAAUCAGUCCUUUCUGAUCGCAUGGAGUAAUCCUGGUUUUUCAGGGUCAAAAGCUACUGGGCUUCACAACUUCCAGUGGGACUGCUUUUCAUCCCAUUUCUUGGUGGAAUUGAGAUUAAGAUAUAGAACCAAUAUUUAGUCCCAAGAAUUUCAUUUCAGCAUCUCUCUAAAGCAACUUAAUGGUUUGGAAUAGUGCAACAAGUAUGUAAGUAAAAUAGAUUAGUAGAUACAUUCUAUUCCAUUCCAGAUCUCUUUUAAUUUGUGUGUUUAUAGAGUGGCUUCAUGGAGCGAAUUUGCCAGUUUUCAGUAUCUUUGCUAGGAUGUCAAUUUUGUUACUACCUUUUCUUUUUUUUUUUCCUAGUUUGUUUUAUUUAAGGAAUUCCUGAAGCAGCUGUACACUUCUAUUAGGCCUAGACAUUGUAAUAACUGGUAUGCAUUAAAGCAGUUUAUUUGCUUACACCUAGUUUGUGCUGUCAGUUUAUAGCUGUUUAAGAAUUCAUGUCACCAAUAUGGGGGGGGGGGUGACUUAAGUUUUCACAGACCAAAAAAAACAAAAAAAACAAACCAAACUUGAUACAGUGUGACUGAGUAAAUAUUGAACCAAGAAACUGUUUUCCUUAAAUGCAGCCGCCCAACUCUCUUCCUUCUUCCUCCUUUUGCUUUAAUGUAAGAUAAACUAGCUCUUCUAUUACCAGUAGCACUAUUACAUUUUGUUUUGCUAUGGACCUUUCCCUUAGUCCCCUUGGUCCUGUCUGCUGCAAAAUCUUCAGCUCUCCCAUGUCCUUGUGACACCAGGAUUUGGUAAGAGAGAGCAGAACUGUGACUAUGCAGGACCCACACAGGUGACUGAAUAACCCACUUAAGCACUGACAGAAGGUGCAAACCAAGUGUUUGCUCUUUUUUCAGUAGGGGUACAACUUAGCUACUUACUUGACCUAGACUGUUACUUAUUUCUACUUACUAACUUUGCUUCAGUUUUGCUAUUCCAGGCUUUUUUCCACUAUGUCCCCUGUUCUUUGACUCCUUUAUUUUGCUAGCAUCAUUGUUUAACCCCAGCCAGUAACCAAGUACUCCAAGUACUGUGCAGCUGCUUGCUCGCCCCUUGGCCCCAGUGGGGUGGGGAGGAGAAUCAGAAAAAAAAGUAAAACUUGUGGAUUGAGAUAAGAACAGCUUAAUAAUUGAAACAAAAUUUACUAACAAUAAUAAUUGUUGUAGUGGAAAAGAGAAAGUAGUGGGGGGGAGAGAGAGAGAGAGGAAGAAAACUCAAGAGAAACAGAUGAUGCACAAUAUGAUUGCUCAUCACCUGCAGGUCUCGGCCAACUCCCUCUCAUUUAUACACUGAACGUGACAUUUCGUGGUAUGGAACAUCCCUUUGGCCAGUUUGGAUCAGCUGUCUUGGCUGUGCUCCUUCAUAGCUGCUUGUGCACCUGCUCUCUGGCAGAGCAUGGGGAACUGAAAAUCCUUGACUUGGAAUAAGCACCACUGAGCAUCAACUAAAACAUCCAUGUGUUAUCAGCAUUAUUCUCUCUAAAUCCAAAAUACAGCACUGUACCUGCCUCCAGGAAGAAAAUGAACUCUAUCCCCGCUGAAACCAGGACAGCUGGGCUUUGUCAUAUUUUAUGGGUUACUCAAGAGAGCCACUGUUUUAAUAUCAGGCUUGGGCUUUCAUUUCGAUAUUAGCUUGUCUGUUAGCUUUCUUUAUAAAUAUAAGUAGUUACCUUUACUGAAAGAGAUGGGAAUAACUGUAAGUACUAAGAUGUUUGGAGGAAAGGAACUACAAGGAUGGCACAAAGAAAGUCCUAGUGCAGUGGAGUUAAUCAAAAAUAUAUUGAGAAGAGGAAACCUGAUGGUGCUAUCUAAUGCAUCGUCAAGGAAUGUUAUAAGAAAAGUAGUAGAAACAAUAGGCAAAAGACUAGAAAAUUCAUUUUGGGAGAGUCCUAGACUGUUAGGAAUAUGAACCAGUUAUCCUAUAAAUGUAUCAUUUGGUUUAAUGACUAAAAAUAAAAGAAAUGAGAGCUGGGGCUGCAUUUUUGCCCAAAAUCUAAAAGUAAUUUGGACUGCACAGUUACAGCAGAAAGGAAGGGGGGGGGAAAAGUAUGAAGAGACAGAAGAAGCAAAAGGAUAUUUUGUUUCACAGUCAUAUAUUGUUAACUGAAGGCAACACUGCUUUUGUUUUUCAAAUGGCCACUAAUUCCCUGUUAUCAGCUACCUUUUUCCUAUUGACUAUAUAAGUGCUGGACUUGAGAAGAGAGGUGGUUGCUGACAUGGUGUAAGUGUAUAGCAGUGGCUGUGUUAAAGCCAGAACUCUUUUUAGCCUGGUUGUUGACUCCUGAGUGACCAACAGCACAUGUGCAAGGAAGUGCCACACAUGCAGGGCCAGCAGUCAAGGGCGAAGGACCUGUACCUUCCACGUGGUUUGUUUCUGUUGUUAUUUCUUGUCUCCUUGCAACUCUUGCUGCUUCUCAAUAUUGUAAUACAGGUCAGGAUCCUGCUGCCUACUGGGUAUCAUUCAGGGGGGGAUGGAGUGUGGGGAAGUACAAAGCUGACAGGUCUUUAAAAAGACAAUUUCUUGCUAUCUUUGCUCAUACAAAUGAGCUUUCAAAUAUUGGAGAGAGAUGGGGAAAUUAAUUAUACGCAAUCAGCAAGGACAGAAGAGGGUAUUUUUUAAAUCAAAGGAAACCCAAACAUGCUGAAGGUGGCUUUAGACAUAAAUGUGAAGCUAGCGAAGGCUGGGGUUUGGAAUUUGUUCCUGACUUCAGUGCUUGGAAAACUUUCUGGAAGUGAAAAAGCGCAAUGAACAGGAAAACAUGAUAUUAAAAGCAAGAUACUAAGUAAAUACUGAGUAUUUUGUAUCCAGAUAAAUUGUAACAAAGACAACCAUUCAUUGUAGUCUACUUCUGUCACUCUGUAUCCACUAAAGAGGCAACACAAACCAGCAUGUAAUUCUGUUUUAUCUUACCUGAUCGUUUCAUUAUGUGGUCUAGAACUAUUCACAAGCUAUUCUAGAAAAUAAAAUUAAUCAGAAGCUAUGCUUAGUAGGUUUUUGGGUUUUUUUUGCUGAAAGACAGUUUCCCCAUAUUGCAACCAGUUCUAAUUUGUGUUUGGUUUUCUUUUUUCUUUUUUUCUUUCAUCACUGUUUUCAUAGGAAUUUUGGCUUCUUGGAGAAACAGGAGAAAAUGCAAAACGAAAUAAUAAAGCCUGCUAAAUACUUCUCAGAAGUGGAGAAGAGUGUGCUGCUUGCAUUAGUUGAAAAAUACAAAUAUGUGCUUGAAUGUAAAAAAAGUGAUGCAAGAACUAUUGCUCUGAAACAGCGCACCUGGCAAGCACUAGCUCAUGAAUAUAAUUCACAGCCCAGUGUAUCACUGCGAGACUUCAAACAGUUAAAGAAAUGCUGGGAAAAUAUCAAGGCACGGACAAAAAAGAUAAUGGCACAUGAAAGACGGGAGAAGGUAAAAAGAAGUAUUAGUCCACUUAUAAAUACUCACAUCGUGGGGAAAGAGAAGAUUGGAAGCAUAAUGCCUGAGCAAAUGUACUUUUUGCAGAGCCCACCAGAGGAAGACUCUGAAUAUCAGCCUGAUGCUUCUAGUCAAGAGUCAUUUGUUGUGUCAAACAGAGAACUUUGUGAUGAAGACAAAGAGCUGGUACAUUUUCCAGUAUGCGAAGGUACCUCCCAGCCUGAGCCUUCAUGUUCUGAUGUCAGAAUAGCAGCAGAUAAGAACUACAGAAGUAAAGCAUCUCAGGAAAGUGCUCUGAAAAAGAUGCAUGAGGAAGAACAUCAUCAGCAAAUGUCAAUUUUGCAACUCCAGUUAAUCCAAAUGAAUGAAGUUCAUGUGGCAAAGAUACAGCAAAUAGAAAGAGAGUGUGAGAUGGCUGAAGAAGAACACAGGAUAAAAAUGGAAGUUCUAAAUAAAAAGAAAAUGUAUUGGGAGAGAAAACUGCAGACCAUUACAAAAGAAUGGCCUGUAUCAUCCUAUAACAGACCCUUUCCUAAUUCACCUUAGAACACAGAAGGGCAGCGAGUCAGUCUGGUUUAGCACAUUUAUGAGUAACACGCACUGGAAAGAGGGUUUUCUACUGUGAAUGUACAGUGACAGGAUAGGUGCCUGGCUGAUAGUGAACACACUAUGACUCUUAAUGUUUAGGGAAACAGUGGUAUAGUUCACCAAGAGGAAAACUCUAUUGUUUGUUUGUAGGUAGUUCUGAUUUGUUUAACUCACAGACAUGCACAGUGUUCUACAAUGUGAACAUAUUUUCUCCUCUCAGAACACCCUUGAUCCUUGUGAAGUUUAAGGUACUCUUACGUUGGUAAGAGUAAGGUAUUCUUACAUUGGGAGUUGUUAAGAAAACUUAACAGCUUUAAACAUUGGGCUGUACUGUUUGUUUGGAUUUCUAUCUCUUCCUAUCUACCAUUUCCCAAAUGAAGGCAAGGGUUGGAGUUGCUCUCUGCUAUUGAGACAAAGGUGAUAGACAGCUAUUAGCUGGAUCGUUAUGCUGAAGCUUAGGGAAAAUAAACUAGUUAAUACAGUCCAUAACUUAUUCUUCAUAGAAGAUGUGAAAAUGAAGGACGUAGCAAGAAGGACACUGUAGUGACAGCCCUCUCCUUCUGAAGAACAGUAAUGUUUAUUUUCCAGCUGUCUGGCUGACUGAGAGGAUGGUUGUGGAAUGGCCCUCCAGUUGUUUGAGCCUUGACACUUGAGAAGUUAAAAAAAGGCAACUUCUUCCUCAAAAGCCACUGUGCUUGUUCUUUAAUUUUCAGGCCCAUCUUGUAUUGAAAUAGAGUAUCCAAACAGGAGGGUCAAAUGCUGCUGCCAGCACUGUGUGCUGUUCACCUGAAGUCAUUCUGAGGGGAAGAGCUUUUUAAGAAUUCAUAAAGCUCUCAAAAUGCAGUGAGCCAGCCAGUCCAUUGGCAAAGUCUCCCUCUAUUUUGCUAUGCAAUACUUGAUGGUGUAGCAACUAACUUGAUUAUUUCUCCUUAGCUAGAAGAAAAGACUAAGACUCACCCUCUUUUCCUUCUCAUAGGGUGGGAAGCAGUUCAAGGGAAUCAUUCCUGUCUUGAAGCAUUGUUCUGUUUUGUCUUUUUUGUUCUGUCCUGUGCAUUAUGGUGGUGUGUUUCUUGCCUUUGCUGUCAGUGAGGGGUGAUGGACAUGAUUUAUAUGAAGGCAUUCACAUGAAAGUCCCCACAGAGUUUGGAUGUCCAGAAUGGUAGAUAGUAGGAAAGCACAAAUAAAGAUAGAUAAUCUUUACCCUGGCAAUCAUUUAUUCUAGUGGGGCAAGAGUUAAGAAAAUGUGAAAUGCAGAACCCUGCAAGGAUUUAUAAGAACUUCUGGUGUGUGAAAACCUGUUCUACAGGAAGGUGUACAACUGUCAUUUGAAGCAGUGAGAAAAAUGAACAAAACCAUAAAUUUUCAUUGAAAAAUCAGAGUAUCACAUUCAAUAAAGUAUUUUCAGAUCAUUACUCCUGAAGGCGAGUCCAUACUGUGAACAAUGUAUUCAAAGCAGAGUAUGUUACAAGGCAUACAUUCCCAGCUACACUCCUAUCUCUUUCCCUGGAUAUCCUUUCUGGUGGAGUGACUUCCUUUUGGUUUUGUUUUUGAUUGAGUAGGGUUCACUGUGCGUGUGUGUGUAUGUGGUUUGUUUGACCUGGUUUCACUGCUGGUGAUUCAUCUUUGUGAGCACUGCCAUUAUCAACCACAGGACUCGCUGUGGUUAACAGUGUGGUGGUACCUGUGCUACUUCCUUAAAUGUGCUAAAAUCAGCAAUCACAAUGGGAGCUAUUUAUUACAACUCAUUUUAUACAACAGAGAAAAAAAAAAUAUCCUGGGCUGGUGCAAGAUAAAAAAAAAAGAGGGCCUGGGUGAAAUCUGAAGACGGAUCUUUUUGACCACAAACUCAAUAUUCUUAUAAAUUGGCUGUGUGAAGAAAGUACAGGAAUUCCAAAGAAGGAUGUUGUUAUGGGGACUUUUAUUUUUCUGCUGAAUGAAAACACUUUUGGAAGGUAUAAUAACAGUAGAGGCAAAAGAAAAGUAAACAGAAGUGAGGACCUUGUUCUGAGAUUGCAUUCUGUGGUCUGAAAGAUGAGUCAGUUAUUUGACUGGUUGUGACAAUUGUUCAGGCACCAUCCAGAAAAAAAGGGUGGGGAAAACAUUUCUUAACCAAUUAAGACAUUUGUCUUAACCUUCUGCACGCGUUCUAAGUGAAAAUAAAUGAAAACUGGGUGUUAGAAGGUAAUGAAUGGAGACAAUUUCAGCACUGUGAAGGGGGCAAGAAUAGAGACAAUCCAGGUCUAGAUAGCCCCGUGAAAAUGAUGAAAUAGAUAGUCACAAAAUGUGAGUAAUGGUAGCUUGAACUUCUGGAAGUUAUAUGAUUGCUCAUGAAAGAUUGUUUUAUUUUUUAUAUUUAAAAAUCCUUUAAAAUAAGCAUGUUUUCAAGUGGACAAUGCCUUGCUUCUUGGUGUAUUUUCUUAUUCUGAGACCAAAAGUUACAGUUCUUAUGCUGAACAAUAGGCCCUUUUAAUUCAGGUUCUAUUUAAAAGAAAGAAGACCAUAAGAGAAAGAAAAAUAGCCAAGAUGAAGGUAUGAAACAAAGAAUGAUCAUCACAUGCAUAGGGGAAGAGUGGGAAUGUUACACCUAAUGUAAAUUAUGCAAGUAGGUUUUGUGGUAAAGACAAUAGGCCGUUCACAGGUGACACAGACUCUUGCUUUCCCAUUUGUAGUUGACUGUUGGUUGAUGUAAAACCGGGUGAUAAACACAGAAAAAUGUAAAAGAUCAACAGGAGAAAAUUAUGUAUCUCCUUGCCAUGCUUUGGCUUUUUAGAGUGAUCAAUGUGAUGGAAUUGAAAUUACUUGAGAAAUUACUUCUGCCUUCGUUGUUUUGCAAUUACUCCUUCGGGUAGUAGAGUUUACCUUUUCUUGUGUUUGACUUUUCUUAUAUAUGUAAUAUAUCCAUCUCAGACAAUAUGUCCAUUUGUUUAUCUCCCUUUUUUUCCAACUUACGUCAUUCAAAUACUUUCACAUGAUUGUGUUUUUCUGUUAACCGUUUGGCCAAGGAAUAUAUGCAUAUUCUCCAGGUUUUUCCACAGAUAGAAUACAGCAGUAUUUAAAGAAGAACAUGCCUGUUCUUUUUUGGAUUUGCUAUAAAACUUUUUGUCAAGAAUGAACUUAAAAGAUACACAGGGCAAAAUGAUCCCUACUUAACUCUAUACAAGAGCAUGUGUACCAGAUACAUAGUGGCCACUGUUCUCAGCCUCUGUAUUCUGACGAAGGAAAACAAUGGCCUUCUAGACAAGGUGUGAUGAAUUCCUUUAGACUCCCCAAAUUAACAUGAGCCUAGCUCCAGGUGCUGUCUUUCCUUGGAGGUAAUCUAAUUUCUUGCCUAGUAUAAAUUUUUUCAUGUCUUGUUUUUUUUUUUUCUUCUGCAUUUUUUCCUUAUGUAUCUGUUCACCCUUAGUUUUUUAACCAGCAGUAUGAGCAGAGGGUUUCACCCUGAGACAUGUGUUUUUCCUUUUCCUUCCUCUUGCCCAGACUGCCCAUAUCACAGGAUUUGAACAUGAAAUGGGUGCUCCUCUACCACCACCUUCCCUUUCCACAGAAGGCAUGGUUAGUAACCUUUGCUACACUGCCAGUACAUUCUGGAUUCUGCACUCAGGCUGAGAAACAUAUUAGAGGAUUUUGAGGGGAGGUUAGUAUUGAUAUAUGGAAAAGAGCCCUUCCUCCAUUCCAGCUCCAUGUAAUUUGGGAGGACAGUCUGUGACCACAAUGUCCUUUGUCGGGACCAGAGCUAAUGCAGGGUGCUGAAGCAAUGUAAUUGACUUCGAUUCUUCCUAAAUCCUUGGGGGAAAAAACUUCCUUUUGUCAUGGUAGUUGAGGAGUCUCAGUGGAAUCCUUUCAUAGCUUCCUCAAAAGAAAUUUCUUACCUUGACAAACAACCUAGCCUGACAUCUAUUCUACUUCUUUCAAUGCCCAGGCUGCUUUAUCACCAGAGCAAGGAAGUUCGCCGCUUGCCACAAAUCCUCUCUCUGAAGCUCCUUCCUAUGCUGCAGAGAUGUGUUUAAGCAGGGCUGAAACACAGCCCUCCUCAGGCUCUGCUCAGAGAAGUGAUCCUUACAGAGCAGGUGCACCUUGUGUGGCUGAGCUCAGCCCUCAGAUUUUGGGCUCAGCCCUCUGGAUUUGAACUAUUGCUACUCAGGGUUGCAAUAUUCCCAUUGCAGCCCUGUCACCAGAGAAAGAGGGAUGGCUCAGGGCUGCCUUUUCCUGAGCAUAUAGUGCAGCUGAGGAUGUUGUGCUGAAUUUUAUUUAAUGAACAUUCAUCUCUGUGUGCUUCCAAUACCAAAUUUUAGCAGUCUCCCAAGUGUUUGUAUGAUUGCAUAGGCAUUUUCAAUGAUUUUUGCAGACUUUUUUUUUUUCUGGUUUUAGUUACAGUGGCUUUUAUGUGUCCUUUUCCUUCUUCCCCACUUGCAUUAUAAUGUUCCAGUUUUGUUCUGAAUCUCUGUGGUUACAGUCUGUACAACCACACAUUCAUAUAGUAUCAUGUAGCAUCAUGUUUUCAGGUAUUUUUCUCCUUAUGACAUUGAAAUAAUAAACUGCUACACAUUUGUAUUUUGCUACUCUGUGGGUAGAGGAAUUACAUGUAAAUCUUAAAAUAACAUCUAACUGAUUUUAUUUCAGACAAGUCCCUCAAAGGCAGUCCUGUGGUUUCAUAUUUUGAGUUAGCUUUCUGUUUUUGAAAGUCCGAUGUACCUUAGUUGUUUUCAUAAGAUAAUUACCUAUCUUUCCACAUUAUUUUUCUGUUUCUUCUCAAGACAGCUGAGUGUAUAUUCACACAUCAUCACUCUCCCUGAAUUUUGUACAUUUGAUAAAAAGAAAGAUGACCAUUCGUUUCCAUCUAUAAGAAUAGGAUAAUAUGUUUUCCAGUGAAAGCAAGCAGUGGCUUCUGUUUCUGGUAUCACUUCUGUGCUGAUGAUCAGUUUGUUUCUCUGAUAUCUAAAUAAGGUGCACAUAAAAAUGUGAGCAGAUUGCUGGACCUAAAACUAGAGCUGUAAAAUAGAAAUGUACUAUCUGAGGCUCUGAAAAUUUUACUGUUCUGAUGUUGAAGGGAUUAGGCAUCUGACAACACCAUCAGUCAUGUUAAAAACAAAUUAAAAACUUGCAAAGUCAAAAAGAAAAAUAAAAGUAAAAAAAAAAAAUUCUGGUUAUCAGACUGAGUCAAAGUGAAGACAGCUUAUAGCUGUCCCAAGAGGUAACAUUGUCACACAUGUCAAACAAUUUCCCCUCAUGGUCUUCACUUCUCUUUCCUUUGAGACUCUGGACACCUCAAUCAUAGCAUUCACAAGUGCCUGACAAUAAACAAAGUAGCUACUUUCAAGUAGGAAUCCCACCAGAGUUAUUAGGCCUCACUUUUGUAAAAUUGAAGUUGGACAGUUUUCCAACACUACAUUAUCCAUACACACAGGCACACACACUGUGGAAAGCCAUGUGAAAUCUGUCCGGCACAUAGUCUCCCAAAUGGCAUGGGUUAUACAGCAAGGAAAAGGGUUGUAAAACUAUUGUUUUCAGGAGAGUGUGGGGAUUAAUCUCACCAGACAGUCAACUGCUCUAAGAAUCAAGAAGUAUUUUUGCCAAAUCUUGUAGUCUGUCAAAACAGCCACACACACAAAAAAAAAAAAAAAAAAAAAAAAAAAAAAGUAAAAGGAAUCAAAAAAAAUUAAAUAUUAAGCACUCAAUUUGCCAGAAACUAUCUGUUCCUUUCUUGAUGAGGAGCUGGCUAGAUACAAAAUCUACACUAGACAUAGAUGUAUUUCGGGAAUCAAGUCUCUGGUUUAACAGAAAUAAGGCAAGAUAGAUUUGGAGAGUGUCCUUGUUUUAUUUAGGUGAGUUUUUAAAAUUUUGAUAGUUUAUUUUUCUUUUGCUGUGCAGUCCAGCUUCAGAACAGUUGUGUGCUUCAGUCUCUAACCAACUGUUAGAGCACCUCAUUAAUCAAAUUUGUUUGGCAAGAGAGUUGAAGUGGGUUUGUAUUCAGCACAACUUGAGAUUAAUUGUAUUCCACAAAUCUUCAGAUAUUCCUUCUCAGCUAUAAGAGGCUGUUCUUGGAGAGACAUGAACUUGAAUCUGAAAUUAUAUGCCUAUUUAGUGGUAAUUUAUUUUUUAUAUGGCACUUAGAAGUUGCCAUAUAAGCCAUAUGAACUGCUCAAGCUCUGCCCAUUAUUUAGUCAUGUACAGAUCCCUUUACUUUUCUUUGAGUUAUGCCCUGAAAUGGACCAGCUGAAUUGCCCAUAUAGCUCCUGCCACUCAUUCUGUGUCACACUAUAAUGUGGGGAUGGGGAGGAAUCCUGUUUCUGUUAAAUUGUGGAGUUUGUAAUUUGACCUGUUACUCUCUCCAAAGCUUUUCCAAAAAUUGUUUUGUUCUGUUAGACACCUACAUGGUCCCACUGAUCACUCUUUCAGCCCAAUGAAUUGCUUGGCUUUAUAACUAUUCGAAUUCUAAUUCAAAUAGUUAAAACCCAUGGGCUAUCUGAAUUGACACACACAACAUAAAUUCCAUUUAUUUGAAAAAAAAUUUAUAAAUACUGAGAUUCUGAAAAGUGCAAAUUAGGGAGGUGAUGUGAUGAAUUUGGUAUUUAAACCAGGGCAGAAAUUUUGGCAGGCUGGCAGUUAUCACUGCUGACCUAAUAGAGAGGUUCAGCCUCUGCUUUGGGAACAAUAAUAUCCAAUACAAAUAUUGCCUUACCUCCAACUUUCUGUCUCAAACGAAGCAUAAUGAGAAGUCCUUGCCAAAUAAAGCAACACUGGUUUCCAAAAUGCACUUAAUUUGCUUUCAAUUGCUGGCCUGCAGGAGGGCUCUGAGGCUGGAAUGGGCGUUAAGUUGCACUCUGUUGGUGGCUGAGAGCAUAAGAAGUCUUCCCCUGCUGAUUUUAUCCUGUUUACCUCAAAGGCAAUACUCCUGCUGGGAUAUGCUUAGCCACACGAUGGUGCCAGUUCAACCAUGGCAAGGUGCUCACAUUCUCAACUUGUCUGGCAUCUUUUCCAGUUAUAAAAUCAGAGCUGUUGGAUGUAUUUAAAUAAAAAAAUAAGAGUUUUUAGCCAGCAAAGACAACCAUCAUUGCUAACGGUAUUGCUGAGGUGCCUUCUAAAAUUGACAAGGCGGCAAAUUUAGAGGUAUAAAAAAUAAAUAAUCACAAUGUGCUUUGUCUCAGCUAGCUAAAACACUGUCUUAUGGGGUAAAUCUUGCUUUUACUCCUCUAGUAGACUGAUAAAUAAGUUGCAUACUUCCAGUUUACAUUUCCACAAUUCCACUGAAGCCAGCAAAUUUCUCCACACCGUCCCAUGGCCUCAGUAGAUAAGUGUUCUCUACUCUCAAUCUGGUCCAAAUGUCAUCAACUCUGCUUCUGGAAAUCCAGGGCAAUCCUGUGCUGUGAGGGAGCCAGGCUGAGAACAUCUGAUGUGGGACAAGACUGGCUUAAAUUUCAGCCCCUCUCUUAUACGUAGCAUAGACACAAGUGACUGAAGCCCACAGCACAGCAAACUUAAUCCCAUGUCCUGCCACAGCUUCAAACACAAGUAAGGACAUAGUGACAGCUGUGGGCAACUUUAGUGAUGCAUAAAACUGGCUUUGGGUGGUAAACAAUUGGUUUUUUAAAUUGUUGUACAUUAAAAUGUUCAAAUCAUGGGGCAACCUAAAAUUAUGUCUUGUCAGUGUUCAAUUACCAAGGGCAAUAAUUUAACACAGCUUCAGUCUGACAGGUGCAGUUUUCUGUCAGCAUUCUUAAAUAAUACAAAAAAUGUAAGCCAACUGUGUUAAUCCAUGCCCACUUAAAUAUACACAUAAAUUCAACCAAAUAAACAUAUUACCUAUAAACCAAUUAUAUUUUUUUGUAAUAUUUUGUAUUCUCAGCUACAUGUGGACUUUUGUGUUUAUUUAUACUUUGCACUUUUUCUUUUCCUCAGAAGUUUAAGGUUAAAUAAUGAGAGAUCUGAUCUUCACCUUCUUGAGAUGCAGAGACUAUGACAUUUUACAACAGUAGCCAAAAAAAAAAGUUCUGGUAAUUAGCAAAUGCAAAUACAGUAAUAUUCCAGUCUGUCCUGCUUCCCACAGACCUAAAGGCAUAGCCCUAAUCGUGCCCUUCUUUUUUGGUUGCGCUUCUGAACCUCCAGUCACAAGAUGCACAAGCUGUUCUACCACCAGCUACUAUCCAGCAGCACUCAUAUAGUUACAAGGCUUGUUCUUUAGAGGUGCUGACCUGCUAGGUUUUUGACUGAUUUGCAUUGCUGAGGAAGAACCUCUUGCUUCCAAAAAAUCAUACAGUUUAACAGCAUUAUUUUUACCCAAUAAGUGGAAAUGCUUUAAGAGAUAAUACGUUUACAUAUGUGUUAUGGCCGUCUCUGCUAGUACUACCAUCUUGUGAUGAUACAUUAAUAGUGGCCAUAUUUUUUGAAGUUUUAUCUCUCCAAGGUGAAAAAUAAACUUUCACUUUAAUUUGGCAGUGACCGAGGGUAUUAUUUGACAUCGUCCGGUGUGGUUCUUUCUCCACCAUCACUUUUUCUUAUCCAGCAGAAUCUUCCCCUAUUUUGCAUGUAUAUUCCACCAGUGCUGAAUUUGCACCUGAAUUUGUUUGAUUAAGGAGACUGCAAGGAUUCUCUGAAAACCUCUGAAAGUGGUAAUCUUUCCAUGUGUGUUCAGGAGGCUCAGGAUCACUGCAGUCCAAAUGCAGAGGCAUUAAAAAUUGGAUCUCUAAAAUACUGUCAUCACAGGAUCUUGAGAAUAUCAAGGAGAAAUCUGAAUCUAGGCACUCCUCAUUGUCUUUUUGUAUAAGUGGUCAAAUAAUUAGGAAACCACUGUUUCUUUACAUGGCGUUGUAUGUGACAUUAGAUUCUGUUGUAUUUUAGCAAUAUGUAAAAUUACAUUUUGUCAUGUUUGUGCUUAUGGUCAGCAAGAACCAGAAACAGAAUGAGUACUUAAGUACUGGGCUGAUUGUCACAAGAUACUUGAAUUUGUAUUGCUCCUUCUAAGUAUUUCAAUGGAGUAUUAGAUGGUAUCUCUUGUGGUCUUUGCCUUUUAGUAGCAACAGUUUUUUCUGGGGCUUGCUUUUUAAAUUGUGCUAAAAACUAUACACUAUUAAGAUGUCCUUUUUAGUCAAGUGGUAGCCACUAGGUUGAUCUGAUUUUCCUAGCAUGGUGUCAGCCCAGUCAUUUCACCUGUUGUAAAGUGUUGUUUUAGUAUUUUAGUGCCUCAGACACCACCAGAGUUGGUUCUAGUGUGCAUGGAAGUAGCUUCUGGAAUUGCACCUUUAAACAAUUUUUUUUUACUGUUGGGUUUUUUUUUUCUUUUAAUUAAUAAAAAAUUACCCAUAUUAUAGUUUGAAUCUCUAAGGAUCUCAUAAUAUGUCUGAGUCCUUAGAAAUGUGAUGAAUGUAGUUUUCGUUAUCUUUAUUGCGUAGCUAAUAUUAUAGCAAAUUCUUUGUUUUUUUCUACAGAAAUAGUGAGUAAAAGGAGAAAAAGUAAGACCCUAAAAUAGAUAUAUUCUUAUGGCUUCAACAAUAAAUACCAUAGGGGGAAGAAAUUUAAUAAUUGUUUAAGCCAGGGGAAUGUAUUAUAUGUUUGACACUCACAGUGUAUGUAAUAAGGAUGACUUACUGUACAUUUUAGUGCCUUGUUUCUUGUAAAAUGUUUAAUCAUAAAUUACUAAACAUAAAUAAUUAUGAAUUUCUGAGAAAACAUAUCUAAAUAUUGCCAGUAGAAACUGUAUAUUCACAGAGGAGUCAAUAAAUCAUCAUCUAUUGUUGCACAUUAA